AUGCAGACCAUAAAAUGUGUGGUGGUUGGUGACGGGGCAGUUGGAAAAACCUGUCUACUCAUCUCGUACACCACCAAUGCCUUCCCUGAAGAAUACAUUCCGACAGUGUUUGACAAUUACAGCGCCCAGAUGAGCGUGGACGGCCGCACCGUCAGCCUUAACUUGUGGGACACGGCGGGUCAGGAGGAGUACGACCGCCUGCGUACUCUUUCCUACCCCCAGACCAACGUCUUCAUCAUCUGCUUCUCCAUCGGCAGCCCCUCCUCGCACGCCAACGUCAGGCACAAGUGGCACCCUGAGGUGUCCCACCACUGCCCCAGCGUGCCCAUCCUGCUGGUGGGCACCAAGAGGGACCUGAGGGGCGACGCCGAUACGGUGAAGAAGCUGAAGGAGCAGGGUUUGGCUCCAACAACCCAGCAGCAGGGAAACGCCCUCGCCAAACAAAUCGGGGCCGUUAAAUACAUGGAGUGCUCGGCGCUGCUCCAGGAAGGCGUCAGGGAGGUGUUCGCCGAGGCCGUGAGAGCCGUGUUGUACCCCGUCACGAAAAAGAACACCAAGAAAUGCGCGCUUUUGUAA